AAUUUAUUUAUAUCUUCUUCAUUACAUGUAAUGUUGAUUCAUCUACAUUUUAAGCCCCCAUAGAUUCUAACUAAUUUUUCAGAUGCUUCACCUACACUUGAUUAUAUAUAAUUCAUUAAGUGUAGGUACACGUGAGGGUUCAAUUGUGGGCAUUUGUUAUGUAUGUGAAUUGUUGAUUCUCUUCUACAAGCAUAUACAAGAGAUUCAAUAAAUAAUCAUGUGGGACACUAUGUCUGGACCUAUUACUAUUGAUCGACCUGUUAAAGGUCUUGAGAUUGAAUAUUUGGAGGAUGAAAAGAAAACAAGGCUUGGAUCCUUAAAGAAGGUAGCAAUAAGUGCAUCUUCUAAGUUCAAACAUUCCUUCAAGAAGGGGCGAAGGCACAACAGGGUUAUAUCUGUCUUCGAGGAUGAAAUCGAUACAGAAGAGUUGCAGGCAAUCGAUGCUUUUCGUCAAGCACUUAUCCUAGAAGAACUAUUACCCUCAAAACAUGAUGAUCAUCAUAUGAUGCUAAGAUUCUUGAGAGCAAGGAAGUUUGACAUUGAAAAAACAAAGCAAAUGUGGGCAGAUAUGCUCCAAUGGAGGAGGGAAUUUGGUGCUGACACUAUCAUGGAGGAUUUUGAAUUCGAGGAGGUAGACGAAGUUCUAAAAUACUACCCUCAAGGAACACAUGGAGUUGAUAAGGAUGGAAGACCUGUUUACAUAGAAAGGUUGGGUUUGGUUGACUCGAACAAACUGAUGCAAGUAACGACUAUGGACCGAUAUCUUAAGUACCACGUACGGGAGUUUGAGAAGACAUCCAAUGUUAAGAUGCCUGCUUGUUCAAUUGCAGCAAAGAAGCACAUUGAUCAAAGCACAACUAUCUUGGAUGUCCAAGGAGUGGGUCUCAAAAGUAUGAAUAAAGCUGCAAGAGAUCUCAUCCAAAGGCUUCAGAAGAUUGAUGGUGACAACUAUCCUGAGUCCCUGAACCGUAUGUUCAUCAUCAAUGCUGGUUCGGGAUUUAGGAUUUUGUGGAACACUGUUAAGUCCUUCCUUGAUCCCAAGACUACCUCGAAAAUCCACGUCCUAGGUAACAAAUAUCAGAGCAAGUUGCUUGAAAUCAUCGAUGCCAGUGAACUUCCAGAGUUCUUGGGGGGUACGUGUACUUGUGCAGACAAAGGUGGUUGCAUGCUUUCUGACAAGGGACCAUGGAAUGAUCCAGAAAUCUUGAAGAUGGUUCAAAACGGUGAAGCAAAAUGCAGAAGGAAAACUUUAUCCGAAGUUGAGGAGAAAACAAUCGUCGAAGACGAAGGAGUGUGUCAAAAGGGAUGUGAUUCUUUCAACAAAGAAUACGUUCUCGAGGAGGCAUGCCAUGCUAUAGCAGAAGUAGCAAAACAAUGUAAUGCAUAUCAGUUCGACACCUUGGUCUCAAUGAAUGACAAACAAGUAUCUUGGGAGGAAUCAUUACAAAAUGAUCAAAAGGCACUUUCUAAAAAUUGCUUUGGUAACAAUGUUUGCAAGACUGGAUUUAGAAAUCAAUUUUCCGGCAGAAUUAUGGCCAUGGUUUUGGGAAUCAUGACGUUCAUCCGCAUGACACGGAAUAUACCAACGAAAAUGACUGCAAUUGCAUUGUAUGGUAACUCGGUAUAUAUUGAUAGCAAUAUGGUGAAAGCAGCACCUGUCAUUUCCGUUGAUGAUCACAUGGCUCUAAUGAAGCGCAUGACCGAUCUAGAAGAGAAGGUGAAUAUUCUCAGCAUGAGACCUUCCAUGCCACCAGAAAUGGAGGAAUUGCUCAACAGUACUCUAACCCGUGUCGAUACACUGGAACAAGAGUUGGCUACAGCCAAGAAGGCACUUGAUGAUGCCCUUGCUAAGCAAGUGGAGCUUCAAUCACAUAUCAACAAAAAGAAAAAGAAGAAAAAGUUGUUCCACUGGUAAUUAAUUACUAAGGUGAUAGGUAUUGCUGUCUGACCUCAAAUUAAACAUUAGUUAAAACUUGUAAAGUUGGUGGCGUUUUGAUAUCGUAUGAGCCCCAUAGAUGCUACCGCAUUCAGCUUUGUAUAUUCAUUGUAAAAAACAAUGUGUCAUCCUUCUCAAUUGUGUAUAUUUGUGUAUAUGUUAAAUAAAACUAGGCAUGGUUUAGUUUUAGCAAGAAUCAA